AUGGUGAAAUGCUAUGUGUGUCGCUACGUCGAGGUGGAGAAGAAGCUCGGCGAGUGGAGAUCCGCUUGCGAUCGCUGCGCUGAGCUGCUGAAAUCACCACCCUGCAAGGCAUGUGGACAACCUGUGCGCGAUGCGAAAAAGAACGAGACCAACCCGUACCACGAGGAGUGCAGACGUUGCAGCUCUUGCAACCAAAAGGUCAGCAAACUGGGCAUGCACUGCACCGCGGGCAAGAUCCUUUGUGGCUCCUGUGAUGAUCUCUUUGGAGAGUUCUUUGUGCCCGGAAAGCGCAUGGGUGCGGAGUACAUGAAAGAGGCGUUCAAGGCCUGGGACGAAGACAACUCGGGGUGGAUUGACACCGGCGAACUCCGCAGAGUUUUGAAGGCGAUCAUGCCAAACUUCUCAGAUCGUGACAUCAACGACCUCUUGCGCGUCAUUGACACGAACAGCAAUGGGGUGGUGGAGUAUGAGGAGUUUUGCCAAUGGCUUCUGAAAGAAAAUCCAUUGGACUUCUCCGAAACGACCUUCGCAGCCUACGUGGCGCAGUUGAUGCGGGAAGCGGGCACCGCCAAAGACAAAGCAGACUUGUGUGUCGAUGAGAUUCAGGUCAGACAAGACGGCGUGUAUUUCCGGCUCAAGAGCGGCCAAAUGCGCUUCGAGACCACGGCCUUCCGAACGGAAGCCUUGUCUCUGACUGCCCUAGAUCCGGAAGAAUUCAUCAGUAAAGUGGAAUGUGUUGAAGGUGGCUUAAAACUCAGUUUCAACACUGGUCGUAUCACAACGCUCGAGGGCCAGGGAGAGCUCUUCGGCCCAUUUGAAGCGCCCAUGGGUUUCUACAUCGAUGGUUUGCGUGUGAAGCCCUUGGAUGAUCCUGUGGAUGGUGUGAAGGAUUGCGUCACGGGCAUUGACGUGGCACCGUUGCCCUCCGCCGCAGAAUACGAUUGUUCCAAUGCCCUGCUAUACACUGCAGAGCAGGAGUAUUUGCGCUCGUUACGAGAGAUCUUGGCCAAAGCAGCUGUAGACGUGAAUACUUUUGGAGCAGGAGGAGUCACUGCGCUGAUGUUGGCGUCAUCGAGAGGAUGCACGGGAGCUAUGCGGCUCUUGCUGAGCUGUAAGGCGAAUCCCAACCUGGCCGAUUCCGAUGGCUGGACAGCGCUGACCUAUGCCAGUCGUUGUGGCUCCCCUGAGGCCGUCCAGGCCUUACUGGAGAAGGGUGCCACGGAGGACAAGACGGAUGGCGGCCGAGCCUUAAAGGAGGCGCUACGUGUGAAGCACAACGCCGCCGCCCGUGCUCUGCUGCGCGCUGGCUUCGGGCCAGCGCCAGCAGGGACCUUCGCACUGGAGGGCGCGGUGAAGCCAGAGGACUGCAAGUUGGAUGCACCCAAAAUUCUUCCUGCGGGCGGUGCCUUCUCACACCCGAAGAAAGUCAGCAUUUUGGUGGGCAACGUGGACGCCUCGAAACAGAACGGUGCCAAGGUGCUCUUCACCUUGGACGGCCGCGAUCCUUUCCUCUGCGGAGAACGAUAUAUGGGUCCUUUCACCGUGACGUCUCGAAUGCAGCUGCGUGCGGUUGCCAUCAGUGGCACCAAACGUUCGCAGUCUGUUGAGGCGACCUUCUUGGUCUGCCACUGUGCACUGCCCGACGAGGUCAUUUUUGGAACUCUGCAAGCGCAGAUUUUUCCCGCCUGCCUGGAGCUGCUGCUGAAGGACACCGCGGAGACCUUGACGGUCACCCCGGACCAGUUUCAGGUGAAGACGGCCGAGACGGACUUCACCGCGCGCUGGAUCCAGCUGGAUCUCCAUGACGUGCGACCCAGGCAUCAGUUGCAUUUCGACUUGGCCUACGCUUCUGUAAAGUCAGCUGAUCAAAGGAAGAAAUGGACUGACGCCAUAACGGCGGACAUUCAGAAAGCCGUGGGAGAGGAGCCAAAAGACUGCAGAGUUUUUGCUGGAUCCAUCAUUUUGGAGUUUCAGAUGACUCGCGAAAAGGCCGAUGAGUUGCAAGGGCACCUGGAGGAUCCUGAGAGUUGGCUCUUGACCAAGGCGAAGCAUCGAAAGGCCUUCAAAAAUGCUUCGAUGCAGGUGGUGGAAGCCCUAGGUCAGCGCGUCACCAGUGUGGCAUUCCGAGAAGAAGUUGAAGAGCGCAUCAAGGGGAAGAGUGGCAGGUUGCGGGUGGUCACCAUCGGCAAGGAAGAUCGGGGCUAUAUCGCGACAUUAGUUGCAGACAAGAAGGAAGCAAAGUGGAUGAGAAAACACUUGGAAAGUGUCGUGAAGAAAAUCCUGGAAGAUGUGGAAAUCUCACAGGUGCAGGACCAUUCAGAAUACUUGGACUUGGACUUCAGUGUGGACAUCAUGAAAGCAGGCAAAGGCAGGGAGAUUUUGGAUUUGCUCGCCCUUCCGGAGACAACCACCAAGAUUGCAGACACCAUGGCGAUCAUGCGCGGCAUCGACACCAAGGUCAGGGUGACGACCCCGGCGGCGUCGCGGAAGUUGGCGGAGUUGGAAGUGGCGCUGACCUGGUCCGCCAAGAACGGUAAGCCCGAAACGACUCCAGAUGUGGAUUGUAGCUGCAUCAUCUAUGCAGAGGAGCAUUUGGUCUAUGCCUGCAAGUUCAGUUCGCCCUUCCAGGGGAACGUCUCGAGUCCCGUAGAGAUGAAGGACAACUUCCACCACGAGGAAAUGGCCAAGGCGGUUCGCAUGGCGCUGACCUCAAGUUCCACUUCGGCGGAACGCUUCCGGCGGCCCAUCUCCAUUGAUGUCUCGGCGCUGCCACGGGAGGUCACGGACGUCUACUUUGUGAUGUCUGCAGAGGAGGAUGAGGAUCUUUCCCACUUUGCGUCCGCCACCUUGUCCUUGGUGGAUCUUGCCCGGGAUCAAGAGCUCACGAGCCUUGAGUGUAGCCUUGACAGAAAGGCGUGCAGCGUGGUGGUUGCUUCACUGAGCUGCCACGAUAACGGCUGGGUGGUGCAGGAAUUGGGCGAUCCUUGCGGAGGAAAGCUGGAACCCGUCUUGGAGCCCGUCUUGAACACCCUGGCAGACCGACAGAGUCGACAUCUCAACUGGGAAAGGCGCCGAGAUCUGAUCUACUUGAGGGUGCUGCACAAGUGUAGCAGGAUGGCACGCGGCAGCGACGCAGAAUUUGCAGUGCUCAUGCACAAGAUCAUGGAACUGCCAGCCAUUCUGGGGAAGCGUGCCGGCGAGUACAACCCCAGCAAGGCCUUCUUCGAGGCCUGCGUGGUCUUCGCCGAUGCCUCGGGCUUCACGGCGCUCACCGAGGCCUUGGCCAAGCAGCCGCACGGCGCUGAGGAGAUCGGCUCCUGUUUGAACGGCUUCUUCGGAGCUUUGAUUGACAUCAUCACUAGCUAUGGCGGCGAUGUCUUGAAGUUCAGCGGCGACGCCGUGACCAUCUUGUGGAAAGUGGAUGCAGGCUCGGUGGAAGCUCGGGCCGAGGCCCGUCAGAGAGCAGUGCUCAGUGCGUGUUCGUGCUGUGAAAGUCUACAGCGACAAGCGCAAUCCUUCGGCCAAACGCCGGUGCCCGGUGUCACGCUGACGCUGCAUAUCGGUGUGGGUUUUGGGCCGUUGAAGCUACUGCAAUUGGGUGGACUCUUAGACCGCUGGGAAUUCUGCGCGGUCGGGCAGCCACUGGAAGAGGUAGCGAUCGCUGAACCCUUAGCAAAGCCUGGGGAGACCGUGGUAAGUCCCACGGUGCAAGAGAUCUUAGGUAGCAAUGACAUCUUUGAAUUCCAGGUGUGUCCUGGAGACAGCAGGCACUAUGCCCUGCUGAAGUGUGAACGACAUGAUUUGCCGAGUGACUGCAGACAGGAUUCGCGCAUUCGCAGCUCACUUCGUCGCUUAGAGCGGGCCUUGGAUGCGCGCGUGGUGCAGCGCUACGUGCCCCAUGCGGUGAGGAGGAAACUCUGGGAACAAUCCGAGUCCCUGAUUUUGGGCCUGGAACCCGAAAUGCGGCGCGUCUCUGUGAUUUUCCUCUCCAUCCGAGGCCUUGCUCCGGGAAACGGCGGUGAAGAAGACAACGUGGACGUGGAACGGACGCAGCUGGUGGUGCAGCUCUUACAACAGGCCACCUAUGCCUUCGAAGGAAGUGUGAACAAGUUCUUGGUGGACGACAAAGGGAUGCUGCUGCUGUGUGCCUUUGGACUUCCACCUCUGAACCACUACAUCGACGACCCGCUCCGUGCCGUGCUGGCUGCGGCGCGCUUCUGCGACACCUUGGCCGAGGAAGGCUUGGAGGGGCAGAGCGGCGUGGCGACCGGCACUGUGUGGUGUGGUCCGGGCCUCAGACCUGUGAGGCCUCAGGGGUAA